AUGAAGCCGCCGGAAACUCAUUUUUACCCAAGCAGCCAUUCGAAACCCCAUAAUUUCCAUCCCGUUCCCUUCCUCUUCGUCGUCAUCGUUUUUCUUCUUCAAUUCCCAAAGACAAUCUCCUCAAUCGCCUCUCAAAUACCAUUAGAGCACAUCCAACACUGCAACGACGUCGUGCCGGCAUCAACGGCGGAGCCUAGCGCCUUCUCUUCCAGCCCCUCCUUGUCUCACAACCUCGACUUCAAAAUUGGGUAUUACUCCGGCGGGGACUCUAUUUUCUCCCAACCGAAUCCCGCCACCGAUGUGCUGAAAUCUGCCACGUUUCAUGCUCGUUUCUCGCAAGACUACCUCGAUAGUAAUAAAUCACGAAUCUAUAAAGUGAAUGGAAAGCUCGUUUUACAAAUUCCCAAAUCACUUGUCAUUUCUUCUUCUGGUGGCGGUGUAUUAAACCCCCACCGUGGAUUGCGGCGGACGUUCCGGAUCAGGGGACCGAAAAUUCCGUCGGUGGUCGACAGAGAGAUGCAGAGGUUUUCACUUGGCGGGUUUUGGUCGGAAUCGACUGGGAGGCUUUGUAUGAUUGGAUCAGGGAUGAGUAACGGCAAUGCAGGUAAAUUUAGGACCUUUAAUGUUGUUCUUAAGCUCAAUUAUUCCACUAGUUCUAACAUUUCCGGUAGUUUAAUCUCUGGGGUUCUUCAAAGUUUGGAUUCUGAACAUAGUUUGAGUUAUUUUGAGCCUGUUUCCUUAUUGGGUGUGAGGAGCUUUGGGAAUUAUCAGUUUAGUUUGCUUGAUAAUGGAAAGGGAAGAUCAUGUUUAAGUGAAGGAGAGAAUUUGGAUGUUAGCAAAGCAAAUGGAGGACUUUGUUCAGUGAUUGUCCACCGAAGGAUUAGGGAAAAUGCUGAUUUGUUGGAUUUUCGAAACUCGAGUUCUAUCAGUGCUUUUUUCCCCUUUGAUCCCAACACGACCUUGAUCGCUGAGGGGGCAUGGGAUGAGAAGAAGAAUGGUGUCUGCGGUGUUUCUUGUCGAGUUUCAAAUUUCAGGGAUUCUUUGAAUGGAGCAUCUGUCGGCGACUGUUCUAUUAAGUUUAGCUUGAGAUACCCCGAGGUUUUUUCACUGAGGAAUAGGGAUUCUAUUGUGGGGGAAAUUUGGAGUGAUAAAAGCAAGGAUGAUCCAAGUUACUUUGAUAUGAUUAGACUCAGGAGUGUUUGGGAAGUAUCACCUGGGUUAAAGAAUGUUCCUGGUUUAAGAUACGAGUAUACAGAGGUUGACAGUGCUCGUAGAAUUUAUGCGAGUAAGAACGUUGCUGAACACAAGGGAAAGACAUACCCUAUCGGCGAUUCAAUAGACAUGAGGUUUGAAAUGAUGUUGAUAGAUAGUAAAGGAGAAGCAGCAUGGGGUGUUGCAAACCCGCUGUUUGUGGGUGACCAGCCCUACAAGUAUCAACCUUAUGGGCUUUUAUCAAUGUCGACUGUGUCAGCAGCUCAUUUGAGCAAUAAUGACAGCAGGCUAUUAAAUAUCAGCUACGAGAUUAGCUACUCGUAUCGUUCGAGUGAUGGUCGUAUUUUGGACAGAGGAUUUGUAAUUUCUUCUGAGGGAGUAUAUGAUAGGCAUUCCGGUGUUCUAUGCAUGGUUGGAUGUAGUCAAUUACAAGUAAGAUACGAGAAUCAUAGUUCGAUAAAAAACAAUUCAAUGGAUUGUGACAUUUUGGUUACUGCUCAAUUUUCUCCGUUAAAUUCUGCAGAGAAGUAUCGUGUUAAGGGGACAAUUAAAAGCACACGUUUCAAGUUAGACCCUCUUUAUUUUGGACCCAUUAGUUUGUCUUCAAAAUCAUUCUAUGCCGGACAGGCGAAAGAAUCCAUUUGGAGAAUGGAUCUGGAGAUUACCAUGGUUCUGAUUUCCAAUACACUCGCAUGUCUUUUUGUUGGAUUGCAGCUUUUUCAUGUUAAGAAACAUCCCGAAGUGCUUCCCUUUAUCUCUGUCUUGAUGCUCAUUGCUCUUACUCUGGGGCAUAUGAUUCCUCUGUUGUUGAACUUUGAGGCCUUGUUCGUACCAAACCAUAAUCAACAACAAAAUGCUUUUCUUCAAAGUGGUGGAUGGCUUGAAGUAAACGAAAUAAUAGUAAGGGCGGUAACAAUGGUAGCUUUCCUUUUGCAGUUUCGCCUUCUCCAACUCAUGUGGUCUGAACGGCAAAGUGAUGAAAGCCUAAAGAGCUUAUGGGAGGCUGAUAGAAAGGUUUUAUACAUAUCCCUACCUUUAUAUCUAACCGGUGGGUUGAUUGCUUGGUUUGCGCACCUAUGGAAAAACACUCACCAGACACCAUUUCUACAACCCCAUCAGAGACGUCUUCCGUUCAAGAAUCAUUUCUACCAUCAAACUUCUUUUUGGAGUGACCUUAAAUCUUAUGGCGGUUUGGUCGUAGAUGGGUUUUUGCUUCCACAGAUAGUGUUCAACAUGUUCUCCAAUUCGAACAAAACCGCUCUUGCUGCUUCAUUUUACUUAGGAACCACCCUGGUCCGGUUGUUGCCUCAUGGAUACGAUCUUUACAGAGCUCACAGUUUUUCAGGAUAUCUCGAUUUAUCGUAUAUAUACGCUAACCAUAAGAUGGAUCUCUAUUCCACGGCCUGGGAUAUCAUCAUACCUUCUGGUGGUCUGCUCUUUUCCAUCUUCAUUUGCUUGCAGCAGCGAUUUGGGGGUCAAUGUUUACUACCUAAACGGUUUAGAACGGAUGCGGUAUAUGAAAAAGUGUCUGUAGAUAACAGUGAGGAAUUGCAAGGGGAAUCAGUUCAGAGGAACUUUUAUAGCUUGUGA